GGGAGGCCCUGGCUGAGGAGCCUCGGGGACAGGACGGCUGCUGCUGAGGAGGAGACGGCGGGUCGGGUCGGGAGUUUUAAAAAUAUUUAAUCAUUCAUGAGUUGAGCUUCCUUCUUGAGUCAUGGAUGACAAGGCCUCUGUUGGGAAAAUCAGUGUCUCCUCAGACUCGGUAUCAACUCUUAACAGUGAAGAUUUUGUCUUGGUUUCCAGGCAAGGGGAUGAAACACCAUCUACAAAUAAUGGUAGUGAUGAUGAGAAAACAGGACUGAAGAUUGUAGGGAAUGGAAGUGAACAGCAGCUGCAGAAAGAGCUAGAGGAUGUACUGAUGGACCCACCGAUGGAAGAUGGUGACAAAGAACAUAUGGAAAGAACGCAGAUUGACGGAGAAGGAGAUGGGCCCCUUGCCAAUGAACUCUCCACUUCAUCUACUAUUAACCCAGUGUCAUUAGCAGGACUCCAGAAACCAGAGAUGAGCCUGCCAGUGAAACCUGGACAAGGAGAUUCUGAAGAGUCCAGUCCCUUUACACCAGUGGCAGAUGAGGACAGUGUGGUCUUCAGCAAACUUACGUACUUGGGCUGUGCCUCAGUGAAUGCUCCCAGAAGUGAAGUGGAAGCCCUAAGGAUGAUGUCUAUUUUACGAGGCCAGUGCCAGAUCUCUCUCAAUGUGACACUUUCUGUGCCAAAUGUGUCUGAAGGAACUGUAAGACUUUUGGAUCCUCAAACGAAUACAGAGAUUGCAAACUACCCCAUCUAUAAAAUCCUCUUCUGUGUUAGAGGGCAUGAUGGCACUCCAGAAAGCGACUGCUUUGCUUUCACUGAAAGUCACUACAAUGCCGAACUCUUCAGAAUACACGUCUUCCGGUGUGAGAUACAAGAAGCUGUAAGUCGAAUUCUCUACAGUUUUGCCACUGCCUUCCGCCGUUCUGCCAAACAGACCCCGCUUUCUGCCACUGCUGCACCUCAGACUCCUGACAGUGACAUCUUCACCUUCUCCGUGUCUUUAGAAAUAAAAGAAGAUGAUGGUAAAGGUUACUUUAGUGCAGUUCCUAAAGACAAGGACAGGCAAUGCUUCAAACUUCGACAGGGAAUUGAUAAGAAGAUUGUCAUUUAUGUCCAACAAACAAGUAACAAAGAGCUUAUCAUUGAAAGAUGUUUUGGCCUUCUCCUUAGCCCUGGAAAAGAUGUGCGGAAUAGUGACAUGCACUUAUUAGAUCUGGAAUCUAUGGGGAAAAGUUCAGAUGGGAAGUCUUACAUCAUUACUGGUAGCUGGAACCCUAAAUCCCCACACUUCCAGGUUGUAAAUGAAGAAACACCAAAAGACAAAGUGCUGUUCAUGACUGCAGCAGUUGAUUUGGUCAUAACAGAAGUGCAGGAACCUGUUCGGUUUCUUCUGGAGACAAAAGUCCGAGUUUGUUCACCUAAUGAGAGGCUAUUCUGGCCCUUCAGCAAACGUAGCACUACUGAAAACUUCUUUUUGAAGCUAAAACAGAUAAAACAGAAAGACAGAAAAAGUAACACUGACACUUUAUAUGAAGUUGUGUGCUUGGAGAGUGAAUCAGAAAGAGAAAGGAGAAAAACCACAGCCAGUCCCUCCCUUCGCCUGCCACAGUCAGGGUCCCAGAGUUCAAUGAUACCUUCCCCUCCAGAAGAUGAUGAAGAGGAAGAUAAUGAUGAACCUCUCUUGAGUGGAUCAGGGGAUGUAUCCAAAGAAUGUGCAGAAAAAAUUCUCGAAACUUGGGGAGAACUGCUGUCAAGAUGGCAUCUAAACCUGAGUGUGAGACCAAAGCAGUUAUCAUCCUUAGUAAGAAGUGGUGUCCCUGAGGCUCUUCGAGGGGAAGUAUGGCAGCUCCUUGCAGGAUGCCACAACAAUGACCACCUAGUUGAGAAGUAUCGACUCCUCAUCACAAAGGAAUCUCCCCAGGACAGUGCUAUCACUAGGGAUAUUAACCGUACAUUCCCGGCUCAUGACUACUUUAAGGACACAGGAGGAGAUGGCCAAGAUUCCUUAUAUAAAAUAUGCAAGGCCUAUUCUGUAUAUGAUGAAGAGAUCGGCUACUGUCAGGGCCAGUCGUUCCUUGCUGCUGUGUUACUUCUGCACAUGCCCGAGGAACAGGCUUUCAGUGUUCUGGUCAAAAUCAUGUUUGACUAUGGGCUCAGGGAACUUUUCAAGCAAAACUUUGAAGAUUUGCACUGCAAGUUUUACCAGUUGGAACGUCUCAUGCAGGAAUACAUUCCCGACCUUUACAGCCACUUCCUGGAUAUAAGCCUUGAAGCACAUAUGUAUGCUUCCCAGUGGUUUCUUACUCUCUUCACUGCGAAAUUCCCUCUCUACAUGGUCUUCCAUAUAAUUGACCUGCUGUUGUGUGAGGGAAUAAGUGUUAUUUUUAACGUUGCCCUCGGUUUAUUAAAGACUUCCAAGGAUGAUCUGCUGCUGACAGACUUUGAAGGGGCUUUGAAGUUCUUUCGGGUUCAGCUUCCUAAGCGAUAUCGCUCUGAAGAAAAUGCAAAAAAGCUAAUGGAAUUAGCUUGCAAUAUGAAGAUUAGCCAGAAGAAGUUAAAAAAGUAUGAAAAAGAAUAUCAUGCCAUGAGGGAGCAGCAGGCCCAGCAGGAAGACCCCAUUGAACGAUUUGAGCGGGAAAACAGGCGCCUCCAAGAAGCUAACAUGAGGUUGGAGCAAGAAAAUGAUGACCUGGCUCACGAGCUAGUAACCAGCAAGAUUGCAUUGCGUAAGGACCUGGAUAAUGCUGAGGAAAAGGCAGAUGCCCUGAAUAAGGAGCUGCUGAUGACCAAACAGAAGCUGAUUGAUGCAGAGGAAGAGAAAAGGCGACUAGAAGAGGAGUCUGCUCAGCUGAAAGAAAUGUGCCGUCGGGAGCUGGACAAAGCAGAGUCAGAGAUUAAAAAAAACAGUUCCAUCAUUGGUGAUUACAAGCAGAUUUGUUCCCAGUUGAGUGAGAGAUUGGAAAAGCAACAGUCAGUGAAUAAAGCAGAAAUUGAGAAAAUUCGGCAUAAGGUGGACGACUGUGAGCGCUGCAGAGAGUUCUUCAACAAGGAAGGGCGUGUGAAAGUCAUCACCUCAGCCACAGAGGCUUCAGAUGAAGAUACUGAUGAAGAGAAGGAAACAUUGAAAAACCAGCUGAGGGAAAUGGAGCUGGAACUAGCACAAACCAAACUACAGCUGGUCGAGGCCGAGUGUAAAAUCCAGGACCUGGAACACCAUCUGGGUCUCGCACUCAAUGAGGUCCAGGCUGCCAAGAAGACUUGGUUCAACCGAACCAUAAGUUCUAUAAAGACAGUGACUGGUGUCCAAGGGAAAGAGACUUGUUGAGGCGACACCUCCAGAUAGAGACAUCUUCUUCUUAACACACACCACCUUUGGCUGCCUUCCUCGGCCAGAUGUUUGAAUUCUGUGACAUGUCAGAGGACCAGAAUGUAUAUAACCUAGAAACACAGCAGCAUGUCAGGAUUUUAAUAGAUCAAUGGUAAAGUGGAUGGAAAACAUGCAAAACAAGGCUUCCUAUGUAGGACUCUCCAUACUACUGAUAUUUAACAGGUGUUCUAGCUAGAUUGAAACUCUUCCAAGAAGCACUCUAUUGAGACCCCUAAGAGGCCUUUUUCACAAAGUCAAAGUAGGUAUGAAAACUUAACAUACCCUGCGGCCAAGUUUACAUUACAGGUGUAGGGAUCUUUUGGUCAGUUUGGAUUUUUUUUUUUACCUUGAUUUGUGGGUGUGUC